CCUGGACCACAUCAGAGACAACGGCAGACCUUGCUGCUGUGAGCAACCUCAUCUGAUCAACAAACUGAAAGGGCAGCUCUACCGGACCGUUGUUAGCUUAUGGUCUACUUUCUUUUCUCCAUGUACAUCAAUACACAACUGUAACAGCUUUUGAAAAUACAGAAAAUUUUAAAUGAGGAAGGGAAAUAAGUCACUACUAAUUCUACAAGUCAGGGGUGAACUGCUGAUGAAAUGGGUCCAGCAGAACAGACGACAUGGCCGAGUAUAACUACGAAGACCUCGGGUUCUUCAAUGGUUCCAACGACAGCAGCCAGGGGCACCAAGACUUCCUGCGGUUCAGCAAGCUCUUCCUGCCGUGCAUGUACGUGGUGGUGUUCACCUGUGGCCUGGUGGGAAACUCCUUGGUGCUGGUCAUCUACAUCUUCUACCAGAAGCUGAAGAGCCUGACAGACGUGUUCCUGAUGAACCUGCCCCUGGCUGAUCUGGUGUUCGUCUGCACUCUGCCCUUCUGGGCCUACGCAGGCAUCCACGAGUGGGUCUUUGGCAACGUCAUGUGCAAAGCCCUGCUGGGCAUCUACACGCUGAACUUCUACACGUCCAUGCUCGUCCUCACCUGCAUCACCAUGGACCGCUUCGUCGCGGUGGUGCGGGCCACCAAGGCCUACAACCAGCAGGCCAAGCGCAUGGCCUGGGGUAAGGCCAUCUGCUCGUCCAUCUGGGUGGUUUCCCUGCUGGUUUCCUUGCCGCAGAUCAUCUAUGGCAAUGUCCUUUACCACGACAAGCCCUUCUGCGGUUAUCACGAGGCGAUUUCCACCAUGGUGCUGGCCAUCCAGAUGACCCUGGGGUUCUUCCUGCCACUGCUUGCCAUGAUUGUCUGCUACUCAGUCAUCAUCAAGACCCUGCUUCAGGCUCGAGGCUUCCGGAAGCACAAGUCUCUGAAGAUCAUCUUCCUGGUGGUGGCGGUAUUCCUGCUGACCCAGACGCCCUUCAACCUCGUGAAGCUCAUCCGCAGCACGAGCUGGGAGUACCACACCAUGACCAGCUUCGACUACGCCAUUAUGGUGACAGAGGCCAUUGCCUACCUGCGUGCCUGCCUUAAUCCUGUGCUCUAUGCCUUUGUUGGCCUCAAGUUUCGGAAGAAUUUCUGGAAGCUCGUGAAAGACGCAGGCUGCCUCCCUUACCUGGGUGUCUCAGGCCAACACAUGUGUUCGGAGGACACUUCCAGGAGUGCUUCAGCGUCUCACAACGUGGAGGCCACCAGCAUGUUCCACCUGUAGGGCUCGGGGAGGCUCCCGGACGUCACGGGAGCACGGCUGUGUCUUCCGGAUGAGGCAGGCUUUGUGUAUAGCGCGUGCGUUCUCACGGAGAGGUUACCCAACACCGCAGCUGGGGCGGGCUGCUGCUUCUCAGGCAUGAACAGAUCUGCUUUUUCACAGCCUAGCCUAAGCUCAAAGGGGAGUCUGAAAGCUGCCCGGGCUUUCCUUCCUCCACCCCAACAAUACUGAUGCCAGGAAAUGACAUGUGAUUCUCAAGACCCCAGGUUCUCCUUCACUGAGAAUGGGACUGGGACAGAGUUGAUGAGGGGGACAUGGCCAACAAAGGUUUUGAAGGCAGGUAAGAGUCUGGGUUUCCAAGUUCCGAAAACUUUUCUGACGGCUGGUAAGCAGGGGACAUUAGAGCAGCCAUGAAAACCAGUGCUGAUCUUGGUGUCUUAGGCCUUCAUCACCAGGUGCCUGAUAGAAAUGAGUUUAGGUUCUGUCACAUCUUUCAUUUUGUUUUUAUAGAAAUAGAUGGUUAAUCCUGCUAUCUUUGCUUGAUCCUGGAAGGACUAGCACCAGGAAACACGAAUGGGCUAAAGCAAAACAGGGUUGGCUGAAGA